AGAAUCUGCACAAAUGGUCAAUGACUGGAAGUGACAAUAUUAUCAAUAGCUAGAAAUGACAACUACUUUGCAGUAUUGGCGCUUUUGUUGAAAUAUUGAAGCAGCUUCCGGGUCACAGUUCAAGUAAACUUAGAAAAAAAAAACAUGGAUCCUAACACAACGGGCAACGCGUCUGACCAGAGUGAUGGAGAUAUGGCCUCUGUCAUGGGAUUCUCUGGCUUUGGAAAGAAAGCUCGCACCUUUGACCUGGAUGCCAUCUUUGAGCAGACCCGAAGAACAGCAAUCGAGAGGAGUCAACAAGUAUUAGAGGAGAGGCAGAAAGAGGAAACUGGGGACAGCUCCCAUACAGCCAAGGCAUCAAGCUCCAAACAGAGAGACAGAGCCUCUGCCCCUGCACCCAGGAAGAAGGAGGAGAGCAGUAGUGGCAGCACUAAUAGUGACGCAGACUCUGACUCAGAGCUUAUUGGCCCCCCAGUGCCCAAACAACUGACUGGUCAGGAGGAUGAUGAGGACUUGGUGGGGCCACCACUACCACCAGGGUACAGAGGAAGCAUAGCUGACGAUGAAGACGACGAUGAUGAUGAUAUGGAGGAUGAUGAAGAUGAUAAUCCAGUGAAGAAGAUUCCAGACACUCAUGAGAUUACUCUGCAGCAUGGCACCAAAACAGUGUCGGCCUUGGCAUUGGACCCCUCUGGAGCCCGUCUGGUCACCGGGGGAUACGACUUUGACGUGCGCUUCUGGGACUUUGCUGGGAUGGAUGCAGCUCUGAAUUCCUUCAGAACAAUACAGCCCUGCGAAUGCCACCAGAUCAGGUCCCUGCAAUACAGCAUCACUGGUGACGUCAUCCUGGUGGUCUCUGGGAAUGCCCAGGCCAAGGUGUUGGACCGCGACGGGUUCCCGGUCAUGGAGUGUCCCAAGGGAGACCAGUACAUCGUGGACAUGGCUAACACCAAGGGUCACACUGCCAUGCUGAACAGCGGCUGUUGGCACCCCAAGAUUAAGGACGAGUUUAUGACCUGCUCCAACGACGGUACUGUUCGAACAUGGGACCUGAGCUCUAACAAGAAGCACAAGAUGUGCUUCAAACCCCGCUCCCUGCAGGGGAAGAAAGUCACGCCCACAUGUUGCACCUACAGCCGAGACGGGAAGCUAGUGGCAGCCGGCUGCCAGGACGGAACCAUCCAGAUCUGGGACAGGAACCUCAGCGUCCACACCAAGUUCCACUGUCGCCAGGCCCACGCCCCAGGAACAGACACCUCCUGUCUCACCUUCUCCUACGACGGGACAACACUGGCCUCUCGAGGAGGUGAUGACACUCUAAAGACCUGGGACAUCCGUAACUUCAAGAAGCCUCUGAAUGUGGCUACAGGGCUUUCCGCCUUCUUCUCCAUGACAGACUGCUGUUUCAGCCCUGAUGACAAGCUGCUGGUGACGGGGACGUCGGUGAAGAAGGACGAGGGCAACGGGAAGCUGGUGUUCUUUGACAGAGCCUCCUUCCAGAAGGUUUAUGAGAUAGAUGUCACCAACGCGGGUGUGGUGCGGUGUCUCUGGCAUCCCAAGCUGAAUCAGAUUAUGGUGGGGACUGGAAACGGACUGGCUAAGGUCUACUACGACCCUGUCAAGAGUCACAGGGGAGCUAAGCUGUGUGUGGUGAAGAGCAAGAGGAAAGAGAGGCAGGCGGAGACACUGACGCAAGACUACAUCAUCACACCCCAUGCUCUUCCCAUGUUCCGCGAGGCCCGGCAGCGCAGCACUAAGAAACAGCUGGAAAAAGACAGACUGGACCCAAUGAAGUCCCACAAGCCUGAACCCCCUGUCACUGGACCAGGUCGUGGUGGUCGCGUGGCAGCCCAUGGAGGUACUCUGUCCUCCUUUAUUGUGAAGAACAUUGCUCUGGACAAAACAGACGAUAGCAAUCCUCGCCAGGCCAUCCUCCGACACGCCAAGGAGGCCUCCGAAAACCCCUACUGGGUUGCCCCUGCCUACACCAAGACCCAACCAGAUGCCAUCUUUCAAGAGGAGGAAGAGUCUGAUGAAGAGGCUGACAAGGAACCAGAGUGGAAGAAACGCAAGAUCUGAGCCGCAGCAACCCCUUAGUGUGUGUUUGUGCGAGUGUGCACUGGUGUGUUUGGAUAUGUGCAUGUUUUUGUACUUUACUGUACUUGAAUCAAAUGUAGUGCCGUUUAUGAUCUCCUGAGAAACAGUAAUAAAAGGGACAGUCCAUCCAAGUCACA